GUACAGAACGAAAACAAAGGUAAUGUAGCGGCAUCCCUUGGUGGCGAGCGGUGUCGAGCACGGAAGGAAUAAUUUUUAUUUUGUUGCGGAUAAAUAACCUCUAUCAAUAUGGCGACGGGAGAUCAACUACAUAGAAUGACAGAAAAUGUCUACCGGCAUACGAUAGAGGGAUUUAAUCCUGAAUUGAGGAAUCUAGUCACUCUUGGCAGAGCUUAUGAGAAGGCAUUACAAAGUGUAUCACAAGCUGCAAAGGAUUAUUUCAAUGCUAUAGUUGCUGUUGGUGAACUCGCUAGUGAGACAAAAGACUCCAGACAACUGGGUCAGUCACUACUUCAGAUAGCAGAAACCUACAGGCAAAUAGAAACUGAAAGAGAAAUCACAGUGCAUGCAUUGAGGAAAGAGCUUCUACAUCCAUUAGAAGGCAAACUAGAGCAGGAAUGGAAGAAUGUCCUUCAGGUUCAGAAAACAUACCUAUCAGAAAACAAGGCUAAAUCAGAGGCUGUUGAAAAGUGUCGCUCUGAGGUGAAGAAACUUCAGAAGAAGACACAAAAGAACCACAGUGAAAAAUACAUAGAGAAAGAACAGAGGACGGCCGAAGAGCUUCAACUCCUGACCAAACAACUUCACAAUUUCAGAUCUAAUGGAUUGAGAGAGGCAUGGACAGAGGAGAGAAGACGAUACUGUUACCUUGUCGAUAGGUAUUGUUCUCUCAUCAAAAACAAUGCUGCUUUCUUCAGCAAGGCUCAGAGUGUUCUUCAUCAUCGCCUUCCCAAGUGGAAUGAGUCAUGUGACAAGUCAGACAAGCUGCCUGAAGAAUGUGAAGAUAUCCUCAGCUUUGAUUUCUCAGGUCCUCUAGAGACGCCCCUUCAGGUAGAGCUGAGGAACUCCAGAAGACUCUAUGAACGCAAUAUCAUGCUUGCUCAGAAUGAAGAGAGGACUAAGAAAUCACCACAACAUGAGCCCGCCUCUCCUAAAUCCCCCAACGAAUCUGACCGCCCCCUCUCAGUGGAUGUUGAGCCGCCGCAGCAGCCACCCCCUCCCAGCAGCACAGGUGUGACCUCCAGCUACAGCGCCACCCUCCCCAACAUCAAGAAACUAGGGAGCAGCACGCACCCCUCGGUCCAUCAGCUACCCCCCUUCCAGACCAACCAGCAGCAGCAGAUGAUACCUCCUAUGACCCAGCCAACAACACCAUCACCACCACAGCAACCGCCUCUGCAACAACAACAACCGCUCCAGCAACCGCCUCAGACGCAAGUGCCGCCAAAUCUUGCUGGGAGGCAUUCCAAGUCGGUCAAGUCGCCCCAUCAUCAUCUCCAUGCCAUUUCUCAGACAAUGCCUCGGCAAACAUUCAUGCGUCGGGUAUCGGAGGCUGGUGACAUGAUGGAGAAUGAACAGAAGAUGCCUCGCGUUCAGGCUGUCUACACUCACUCUGCAACGGGUGAGAAUCAACUUGCUUUCAGUGAGGGGGAUAUCAUUGGCUUGGUCGGUCCCAAGAACAAUGGCUGGUUCUAUGGACACAACUACAGAACUAGGAGGAAUGGCUGGUUCCCGAUCACCUACACACAACCUCUGGCUGAUAUUGCACCCAAGACUAAUGGAACAAGUAACAUUUUGAACACCAAGCCUGUAGCAGCCAGUAUGGACAAUUUGCAAUCCGUGGGGAAUGACUACCCGACCCCCGACUACUCCGGUCCCGGUAGCCCGGUCACGGCUGCAUCCACCCUGUCCCUCCCCCAGGUGGGCAUCGCCAUACCCUCGACCCUCUCUACUCCGCCUACUUACACCAACCCCUCCACGUCCGCCUCCAACAACAACGGGGUGGAGAAUGGCGGGGUGAAACCCUCAGGGUUGCUGAUGACCGCGCCCGUUGGUGUGGUGGAGGGAGAGGAGCGGAACAACAUCCAUAAUCAGCAGCAGACCGGGAACUCAACCUUUAACACCGCUGUGCCAACUACAAAGCAGUCUGCUUCCAUCCAGCCUGAUGUGCAGCUUUCUCAAAUUCAACUCUCUGUGCCUGAUGAAACCACCAAUGUGCCCUCACCAAACAAUGGAGAUCAGGGAGAAAGCAAUCCUUUCACCAAGAUUCAGCUCCGUAAGACGGUUACAAACGAUAGAUCAGCUCCUAUCAUUCCAAGAGAUUAUCAGCUUGGAGAAUUUGCACGACACUAAGCUAUUUGACCACAAUCCGGGAUUCAGAUAUAUGAUCCAAGUCAUGUCAAGGAUAACACUUAUCAAAAACUGCAAAUUUAU